CCUUUGCUUGAGGUGGCUAUGACUAUUAAAUGGUGUAUUUUACUUGAAUUAAUCUUGCAUUGUUGAGCGCAAGCGUUAUAACUGUUCUCAUAUAUUCCAGGCAUACGCCUCACGCGGAUAUAUUGCUGUUGCUAUUGAUUCACGUUAUCAUGGUGAACGCACAUAUAGUCUAACUAUAUAUUUCCCCCCCUCCAGGUUGCAUUGCACAUUGAGUACCACCACAAUAUGUUGACAUCACACCAGAAAGGGAACCCAAAGGAAGUAAUUGUUGGAUGGUAUUCAACCGGAUUUGGUGUUACGAGAGGUUCUGCUUUGAUCCAUGAAUUCUACUCUAGAGAGGUUGCAAAUCUUUUCCAUGUACCAGUGGACACUACAUUCAGAAAUGGAGAGGCAACCAUAAAAGCCUUUGUCUCUGUUAAUUUAUCUCUUGCAGACCAGUCACUUGCUGCUCAAUUUCAGAAAAUUCCUGCAGAACUUCGAAUGUCAGAAGUAGAGAGGGUUGAAUGUAGGCACUUAACCCUAGUUCUCUUGAUUAAUUAACCCUGCUAAAUUUGAAAAAUACUCCAGUAGUCUUGUGGGUCCUAUAUUUUAAGCUCUUAAUUGCUUCUUGCAGGUUAGAUUGUUGCAUCUACAUGGGUCUUAUCAACUUGAUCAACUCAUCAUGUGUGAGGUAGGACUUUGGUCUGUUGCUCUUCUCUAAUAUCAGGCCCACUGAUCUUAUUGAUGUUCUCUUAUGCUGCUGUAGUGCUUUCCUCAGUUAAUUCUUUGGCUCAAUGUCUCUAUAGUCUUCCUUAAUUGUGUUCACUCGAUUCAAACUCUUUUUUUUUU